CAAUCGUCUGUUUUAAUAUAUCAGUGAGAAUGAGUAAGAUAUGUUUACUCCCGGUUAAAAUUUCUAAGUUUGUUACAUAAAAAAUAUUUUGGUAACGUUUGUUUUGAGUGAUUGAUGACAGGUGAAAAAAAUCGUUGAAAGUGUGAAAAAUUGUACUAAUUCGAGAUUUCGAUAAUUUUUCGUUUCUAUGAAAUGUGCUGUGUGUAUACGGUGUACAGGAAGAUAAUCGAUUUGUCAACGCGAAGUUUAGAUUACAAUUUUCGGUGCACUAAUUGACCCAGCAGAGUACGGAUUAUGAGUAGAUAAAAGCGUUAUAUGCAUAUUAUUUCUCCAAACGAAAAACAAUGGAAAUUAAUGACAGUAUUGUUGAUUUGAGCGUAAGCACCGUAAGGUCUUCACCAUCUAUACCUACAAACAUUCCACCGAGUCUCAAUAUCACACCAGUUGUGAACAAUCAACCAUUACCCAGCAUUGGCCAUCCUCCGCAUAGUAGGAGGAUACUCCGUCCAAGGACAGAACCACGCAGCUACGUCGAGAGUCCCGAUAUCUUGAUUAAUGGGACUUUCGACAGACCCCGCACAAAUGGAAAUUCUACGGGAUACACCAGUGAUUCCAGCGAUGGAGAAAUGCCGCCGAUGACACCAAUAAAAGAAUUAACCCCAUUCGAAAUUAAACAAAGGGAUCGGUGCCUGAAACGUAUAAGGGAAGAACUAAGAUCGGAAGAAAUGAAAUUGGUUUUAUUGAAGAAAUUGAAGCAAUCUCAACAAUUGAAAGAAAAUGUGGCGGUCCUACCGCCGACCAUACCGUCUUCAGCACUACCGCCAAAGGGGCUCCCAAGUGGUUUAAGCAUUACACCAACGACUAUCAAAGUUCCUACGCAGAAGAGUUCACCACAGCCCUCUGUGCUUAUGAGACAUCCAGUGUCGCACAAACCAGGAUCAGGAAAUGUACCUCCCUUGCUCAGAGGUCAACCUCCACCUUCUCGCGUUACUGCCCAUCCGAUACCGAUGAAUUCGUCGCCUUUGAACAAUAGAGCGACGAAUCUUUCUGUUCCGCAACCGCCACGAAACUACAAUAGGGUUCCAGGUUUUCCGCCUGGCGUGAAGGAUCUAUCACCGUCUGUGACCAUCACACCAGCUCCCCCUCAGACUCCAAAGGAACGACCCAGAGAAGAUAAUCAAACACCUGCACAAAGGCAGGCGGCAGCUAAGUUGGCUUUAAGAAAGCAGUUAGAGAAAACAUUGCUACAAAUUCCACCACCGAAACCACCACCUCCAGAGAUGCAUUUCAUACCCAAUCCAAGCAACACGGAAUUUAUAUACCUGGUCGGUUUGGAGCACGUCGUUGAUUUUCUAACGAAAGAAACAAAGAUGCCCCUACCCCCAGCCCCCUAUAAUUGUAGUCAGUGUAAUUCAGAUUUCACUCCCGUCUGGAAAUGGGAAAAAGUCAAAGGAAAGGGGAAAAUCGUCAUAUGCGAACAAUGUGUUACGAAUAACGUGAAGAAGGGUUUGAAAGCCGAACAUACGAACCGUUUGAAAACUGCAUUUGUGAAGGCGUUGCAGCAAGAACAGGAGAUUGAGCAGAAGUUGGCUCAGAAUGGAUCUUUCACGUCCAGCAGUCCGUCGGCCUCGCCAGUGACACCGGAAGUCGUUUCAACCCCCAAACCUGCCACUCCUACCCCGGCUUCCAUCCCUAUACCGCGCCACGCAGCUACCCCGCCCACUCCCAGCGCGCAACCUACGCCACCGCCCCCUCCACCCCCACAAAGGAGUUCGCACAUGCCGCAUCAGGACAAAUUUUCACAGAAUGCAGCUGCAGUUCAGGCUCUACAACAGCAGAUACUCAGAUCUCUCUCAGCAGGAGGUCCCCCAGGAGCGCACAUGUUCUCACCACUGUUUUACCCCUAUCAGUUGGCAGCAAUGGCGCAAGUUGCGGCCAGUAGUAAUAAAAACAAUUCCAACAACUUGGCCGAGAUGCAGAGAGCAGCUGACAUCCAGAGGCAGUAUCUUCUUGACAUGAUACCGGGGCCUGGACAAAGACACAACUGGAAGACAUGAUGUUAUAGUGAUAUGACAUAGUUUUCCAGUUUAUAUUUGUAUUUAUUAUAAAUUAGCGCUUCAGCAUUGAGAUGGCUCAUGAUGACAAGUUACGAGGGAGUAUCAAGUAUUGUUGCUGUUUGAACUGUUAAUGAGAAGUUGAUAUUUAUACAUAAUAUUGUAACUCUAAGAAGGAAGUGAAACAAGUACUAUGAAUUUACAGAGUGAAAUAUUCUUUGUUGUGGUAAAUUUUUUAUUAUUCUAAAUAUUUCACGCACAUAAUGGACCCAGAGUAUUCAAAUCAUUAACUAAGCAUACGUCUUGGAAUUGUAAGAAUAAAGACGCAAUUCCUUGAAAAGUUGCCCUUUCGAAUCUGUUGUGUGAUUGAUUGUGUGAAAACCUUCAAGAUAUGUUUGAUUGCAUUAUUGAACGAAGCGUUUUGUAGGUUUUCAAUCGUACAUACAGUAGCAUUUCAUCACUUCAGAUAUUCACCCAGAAUCAGCAACGCAUAAUAAAUUUCUCAUAGUAAAUUGAAAUUUAAACUUGUGAAUAAAUUUUAGUAAUUUUUAUGUUCAAGUAAUAAAUACUUUACACUUUUAAUAAGUGUUAUUUUGUUCUUUUUUCCAAUGAGAAUGCCUAGUGGAAUUUCUGAAUGUGGAAUUACUUAAAAGUUCAUUGUUAUACUGUUAUCUAAGUAUCAAAUAGAUGUAGCAGGAAAUAUUUUUCAUACUUUUUGCUAAAAUAAACUAGAUAUUUUGUUUGGAUUUAUUAUUCAUCGUUGUUUGGUCAAAUUUAUUCAACAAGUAGAGUUUCUUCUUAAUAUUUCAUUAAUUUCUGUUUCCUGAUGGAGCUAAUAACAUUUUUAGCAGCUUUUCCAUCGAAUUUGAAUUAUUUCGACUUUUUCUGAGUGAAGAUUAACAAAUUUCAAAUCUUUGGAAUUUUAGUUUCGAUUUAAAAAUAUAUUCAAAAUUUUUUGUUCUUUUAGGGGUAACAGUUUUGAAUUUCAAAUAGAAAAAAAAUUUGUCUAGUAUUUCAUUUCAAGGAUACAAGAAGGAAUUACGAGGAGAUCUUCAUCCUUGUCAUUUCAUACUGCAUAUUUUUGCUCUUAAGAAUUUGGGUUUUAUAUGAACUGAACAGAGCUUUGUAAAUCUUCAGUUUUCAUAUUGUACAAAUUAAGUUUGUGGCAUUUAACUGGAUCAUUAAGUCACUGCUUUCUGCACAUAGUUUUCGUAAGUCUUUGAACUAUUUUCGAAUAGUAACUACCUGAAUAUUUCAUAUGAAUCAGGUAGGUCGAUUCUGUUGAAACCGAAGAUGAUGUACACCUGAAAAUCUCAUAAAAUGUAUAGCAUUCUACUUGUUUUUCCUUUAGGAAGGUGCCAUAAAGAUGCAUAUUUCCCUGUAUAAAUAAUAAUUGCGAAACUUUUUCAGGUUUAUGUUGUAAAGGCUUUUCAUCUCUUAGUGAAUUUCUGUAAAUAGUUUUAUAAGUAUUGUAUUAUAAAUGGACCUGCAAACUGAAGUGGAUAAUUUGCUCAUACUUUGAUGUCAAUAUUUAUACAAAAUUUAUUGAAUAAAUCUGUUUUGGAUUAUGA